AUGUAUCAGGGGCUGGCCCUCACCCCCAACCAUGGCCAGUCGGCUUAUUCGCACGACUCCAGCAACUUCCUCCACUCGUCGGCCGGCUCGCCCGUCUACGUGCCCACCACGCGGGUGCCCUCCGUGCUGCAGACGCUGCCCUACCUGCAAGGCUGCGAGCCGCACCAGAGCCACCUGGGCAACGCCCCGGGCUGGGGGCAGAGCGGCGGCGAGCCCGCGGCGUUCAACGCGGGCAGCCCGCACCCGCCCUCGAGCUUCUCGUACUCGCACAGCCCCCCGGGCAGCAGCCCCUCGGGCCGCGACGGCGCCUACCAGGGGCCCCUGCUGCUGGGCGGCGGGGGCCGGGAGCAGUACGGCAACGCCUUGGUGCGCUCCGUUAACGGGUCCUACUCCAGCCCCUACCCCGCCUACGUGACCCCCGAGAUACCGCCUUCCUGGACGGCCGGACACUUUGAGAGCAGCGUGCUGCACAGCCUGCAGACCAGGCAGGCGGCCUUGCCCGGCCGCAGGUCCACUUUCGUUUCGGAGUACCUGGAGGAGUUCCCCGGGGACGGCCGCGAAUGCGUCAACUGCGGAGCCAUGUCCACCCCGCUCUGGAGGAAGGACGGCACCGGGCACUACCUGUGCAACGCCUGCGGGCUCUACCACAAAAUGAACGGCAUCAACCGGCCGCUCAAGCCGCAGAAGAGGCUGUCCUCCUCGAGACGUGCGGGCCUUUGUUGCACUAACUGCCGCACCACCAACACCACGCUGUGGAGGAGGAACGCCGAGGGCGAGCCCGUCUGCAACGCCUGCGGCUUGUACAUGAAGCUCCACGGGGUACCACGACCUCUGGCCAUGAAAAAGGAAAGCAUCCAGACGAGGAAAAGGAAGCCUAAAAACAUUACCAAAGGCAAAGCCUCAACAGGAUCCACGACUUCGGCCACAAACUCCCCUUCUUCCAUCACCACCUCAGACAGCACGGUCACUUUAAAGUCAGAGCCCAGCACAACCUCACAGUACCCUGGACAAACCAUCGUGUCGGUGUCCCAGGCACAGAGCCAGUCGGACGAGGCGCUGCCCGGCGAGUUCAAGUUCGAGCCCGAGGAUUACAGCUUCUCUGGGGGCAGCGUGGCCCCGCAGCCCGGGCUGAGCGUGCCCCUCCGGCAGGACUCCUGGUGUGCCCUGGCGCUGGCCUAG